AUGCGUCCAACAUCUGCCCGCCUCUUUCAGAGCCUCCGGCCGCUGCAACACGAAAAUCCAUUAGGUCUCCCUCGAUCAGGAACGCCGCCAACUUGGGGUAAACGCCCAGUCCGUCGCAAAAUCACAGGUGUCGAGAAAGUCAUCGCAGUAUCCUCAGCGAAAGGUGGUGUAGGCAAAAGCACAGUUGCAGCAAAUCUGUCUCUGGCUUUUGCUCGUCUUGGCUUUCGUGCUGGGAUCCUGGACACUGAUAUCUUUGGUCCAUCUAUUCCAACCUUGUUUGACCUCUCAGGAGAACCGAGGUUAUCAAAUAAUAACCAGCUCAUCCCUCUUACAAACUAUGGAGUCAAGACCAUGUCCAUGGGCUAUCUGGUUGGCGAGAAUGCACCAGUAGUCUGGCGAGGUCCCAUGGUGAUGAAGGCUAUUCAGCAGCUUCUACAUGAGGUAGAAUGGGGUGGUCUUGAUGUUCUUGUCCUAGACCUUCCUCCGGGUACAGGAGAUACACAGUUGACUAUCACACAGCAGGUCAUUUUGGAUGGCUCUGUCAUUGUCACAACUCCUCAUACUCUUGCCACUAAAGAUGCUGUCAAAGGUAUCAACAUGUUCAAAACAGUCAAUGUCAAUAUCCUUGGCUUGGUACAGAACAUGUCCUUGUUCACAUGCCCUCAUUGUCAUGGAGAAACCAGUAUCUUUGGUUCCAAUGCAAGGGUCGAGAAGUUGUGUCAAGAGCACCAGAUCGACUUUUUAGGUGAUAUCCCAUUACACCCCAAUAUUGGAGACGAUGGGGAUAGAGGAAAACCCACAGUAGUGGCAGAACCUACGAGUGAGAGGGCAAAUGCCUUUUUGAAGAUAGCACAAGAUAUCUGUCCCAAGAUCGAUCUGAGUGGUAAAUAGCCACCGAACUUCUACUCGGCCG